UAGGUUAUUUAGUUAAAGUUAAACUGAAAUAAAUGUUUUUGUCUUUUGGAUUGAGACGUUAUAGAAACUAUUGCAUAUUUCGAAAAAUGUCAAUAAAAGCUGCCCUAAUAGAUCUUAGCGGCACCUUACAUGUGGAGGAUGAGCCAACACCAAAUGCUAUUGAGGCAUUGACCAAAUUACGAAAUGCCGGAGUGAGGGUAAAAUUUGUUACCAACACCACCAAAGAUUCAAAGACCACUCUGCACUCUAGGCUAUGCAAGAUUGGCUUCCAGCUAGAAGCCUCAGAGAUCUAUAGUUCCUUGAGUGCUGCUGUGGCAUUUGUGGAAACUGAAAAACUAAAUCCUUACUAUCUAUUAUCCGAUGAUGCUCGUCAAGAUUUCCCCCAAGAAGAUACAACUAGACCACAUGAUUCAGUUGUUGUGGGUUUGGCUCCUAAUGCUUUCAACUAUGAUCAACUUAACAAAGCUUUCAAUGUGUUGCUCCAGCAAAAGAGUCACAAACUUGUGGCCAUUCAUCAGGGCAAAUAUUAUAGACGAGCAGAUGGCUUGGCCUUGGGUCCUGGUUGUUUUGUCAAGGGCUUGGAAUAUGCAACAGGUUGUUCGGCUCAAGUGAUUGGCAAACCGAAUCCUUAUUUCUUUAAAGGUGCUCUGGCUGGUCUGGAUCCAGCAUUUUGUGUCAUGAUAGGUGAUGAUGCCAAUGAUGAUAUUGUUGGUGCCAUGAGUCUUGGAAUGCAGGGAGUACUCGUCAAGACUGGCAAAUAUUUACCAGAUGUUGAGGUUACACCUCCACCAACAGCUUUAGUAGACAAUUUUUCAAAUGCUGUCGACUGGAUUAUUGAAAAGAACUCAAAAUCCUAAACAAAACAUCAAUUAUUUUGUAAAUGCUAUUUAAAAGAUAAAAAAAUUACCAAUAAAAUA